CUGCAAACAGCCCUCAAGAAAACGCCGGCAGGUCCUGUAUCCGUCCAAAGGAUGCUUAUCGCUUUCGCAAAGCGAUACAGCCCUGCUUCAGGGACGCCUCAAAAAUAUGACCCGACUUUCAAAGGCCCCAUCUAUGACAGGGGCUGCACAGACAUCAUCUGCUGCGUCUUGCUCAUGGUUGCUGUGGUGGGCUACGUGGCCGUGGGAGUGGUGGCAUGGAGUCAAGGCGAUCCCCGGAAAGUGAUCUACCCGACAGACAGUCGUGGACAGUUUUGUGGCCAGAAAGGAACGCCGAAUGAAAAAAAACCUUUCUUGUUCUACUUCAACAUCAUGAAGUGCGCCAGCCCUUCGGUGCUCCUGGAGUUCCAGUGUCCCACCACACAGAUCUGUGUCGAAAAGUGCCCGGAUCGGUACCUCACUUACCUGCAAGCCUCAGCCCAGAACGAAGAGUACUACAAGCAAUUCUGCGUCCCGGGAUUUAAAAGCCUGAAGAAGAGCCCCCCUGAAGUUCUGAGAGAUGGCGACUGCCCGGCCAUGAUCACCCCCAGCAAGCCCUUGGCCCGCCGAUGCCUGCCUGCAAUCAACGCUAAGAAAGGGGUCAUCAUGGUUGGAAAUCAGACUAUCUUCGACGAUGGACGUGGACAGCAAAGGAAUGUGACAGAUCUUGUGGACGGGGCCAAACAAGCCAAUGUGGUUCUGGAGGCCAGGCAAGUGGCCAUGAAGAUCUUUGAGGAUUACACUGUUUCCUGGUACUGGAUAAUAUUAGGUCUGGUGAUUUCCAUGGUGGUCAGUCUCAUCUUUAUCGUCCUCCUUCGGUUCCUGGCAGGGAUCAUGGUCUGGGUGAUGAUUGUCCUGGUGAUCCUGGUCCUUGGAUAUGGGAUCUUCCAUUGCUACAUGGAAUAUGCGGCGCUGAAAGGUCAGGCUGGAUCUGACGUCUCUCUGAAGGACCUGGGCUUCCAGACGGACUUCCGUGUUUAUCUCCACCUAAGGCAAACCUGGCUGGCCUUCAUGAUCAUCCUUUGCAUCACGGAGGUGGUCAUCAUCCUUCUGCUCAUCUUCCUGCGCAAGAGGAUCCUCAUCGCCAUUGCGUUGAUCAAGGAAGCCAGCCGGGCCAUCGGACACAUCAUGACGUCCUUGUUAUUUCCGCUCUGCACUUUCUUCCUGGUGUGCCUCUGUAUCGCUUACUGGGCUAGCACGGCUGUGUUCUUAUCUACCUCUAACGAAGCCAUCUACAAGGUGUUUAAUGAGACACACUGUGACUAUUCUGGGACCAGGUGCAACCCGGAGACCUUCAACACUUCCAGCAUUGCCAAGGAGUGCCCGGAUGCCCGUUGUCUCUUUGCCUUCUACGGUGGGGAAACUGCCUAUCACAAGUACCUCAUCGUCUUCCAGAUCUACAAUGUCUUCAUGUUCUUCUGGCUCGCCAACUUCGUCAUUGCCCUGGGCCAGGUCACCCUGGCAGGGGCCUUUGCCUCCUAUUAUUGGGCCUUUAAGAAACCGGACGAUAUGCCGGCGUUUCCCCUCUUCUCUUCCUUUGGCCGAGCGCUCAGGUAUCACACUGGCUCACUGGCUUUUGGGUCACUGAUCCUUGCUAUCGUCCAGAUCAUCCGGGUCCUUCUGGAGUACUUGGACCACAGGUUAAAAGCUGCUGAGAACAAGUUUGCCAAGUUCCUCUUGACCUGUCUCAAGUGCUGCUUCUGGUGCCUGGAGAAAUUCAUCAAGUUCCUGAACAGAAAUGCCUACAUCAUGAUUGCCAUUUACGGCACCAACUUCUGCACGUCUGCAAGGAACGCCUUUUUCCUGCUCAUGAGGAAUAUCAUCAGGGUGGCCGUUCUGGAUAAAGUUACAGACUUCCUGCUUUUCCUUGGCAAACUCCUGAUUGUAGGAAGUGUGGGCAUUCUCGCCUUCUUCUUCUUCACCCAAAGGAUAAGACUGAUUCAGGACUCCACACCGUCCCUCAACUACUACUGGGUCCCCAUUCUGACGGUUGUCGUUGGCUCCUAUCUCAUUGCACAUGGGUUUUUCAGCGUGUAUGCCAUGUGCGUAGACACACUCUUCCUCUGCUUCUUGGAGGACCUGGAGCGCAACGACGGCUCUGCCGAGAAGCCUUACUUCAUGUCAUCUAAUUUGAAAAAGCUCCUGAAGAAGACGAACAAGCGCCAACCUGAAGCGUGACAGGCCUUCCCUCUUCUCUGCCCGCGUGGGUAGCCUACAGUAGGCACGCUGUUUAGACAAACAACAUGGCCGCUCUGUCAGGCCGUCUUUUGAAGAGCAAGACCUUUGGAGUCAGAAUGUUCCGUUUCUGCUUCCUGCGCCAGACAAACAUAGCCUGCCCAGAUUUGACUUGGGUUUUGGUUGUCGUUGUUAUUUUGCUUUUCUUUUUCAUGCUGUGUGGGGUGGUUGAAGCGAUCCUGUUGUGCAGCAAUAGCUCCAUCUUGAGGUUUAACAGUGGUAGAGCAAAUUGAACUCUGGUGUACCUUUCCGCUGCUGCUUCGCUCAAAGUCAUUCGCUCUUGCCCGCCCACCCCCCAGGCAAAUACUUUUCUUGCUUGCCAAUGUAGGCUGAAGGCAGACAUAUAUAAGGGACAAAGCUGCUGUGAGGCCUACGCAUCACCAUUGUGCUGAUGUCCAACAAGGGGGAAGUCUGUUGUGGGUUAGAGCAGAAACCAGGUUUGAA